AUGCCACAACUAGAUACCUCAACAUGAUUUAUCACAAUCUUAGCCAUACUGAUCUCACUAUUCGCCCUCAUUCAACUUAAAUUCUAUAAAUACACCUUCCCUACAAACCCUAGCCCCGCAGGUUUAAAAACAGAAAAACAAAUCACACCUUGAGAAUCCAAAUGAACGAAAAUUUAUUCUCCUCUUUCAUUACCCCCUCAACCAUAG